UUCUGGUCCAGAAGAAGCUGUCGGAGCCUGCCGGAGCGGCGGCCCGGGCCCCACUGCCGCGGUAACGGCACAGCUGGUUGUCCGUCUACACAAGUCGGCCGCCUCCAUCGCUUCUCCCUCUUUCAGCCUUCCUCUGCAACGAGAGGGCGUUGGCAGGCGCUGCGAGGGGUGUUGGCAGCCAUGGCGGACCAGACGGAGAGAGCUUUCCAGAAGCAGCAUGGCGUGUUCCUCAACGCCAAGAAGGCUGCCAAGGGCAUCACCCCAGGCAAGGCAGGCAGGCGCUACUGGAAGAACGUGGGCCUGGGCUUCAAGACGCCCCGGGAAGCCAUUGAAGGCACGUACAUUGACAAGAAGUGCCCGUUCACGAGCAACGUGUCCAUCCGGGGCCGCAUCCUGAGCGGCGUGGUGUACAGCACCAAGAUGACGCGCACCAUCACCAUCCGCCGCGACUACCUCCACUUUGUCAAAAAGUAUCAGAGAUACGAGAAGCGGCAUUCUAUGCUUGCGGCGCACGUCUCCCCGGCCUUCCGUGUCAAAGCCGGCGAUGUGGUCAUUGUGGGGCAGUGCAGGCCUUUGUCCAAGACGGUUCGCUUCAACGUUCUCAAGGUGAUUCCCAUGGGCACUUCGGAUGGUGGUACAGGAAAGAAAGUGUUUCAAGCUCAAUAAUCAACGUUAAGGACAAGUGAUUCCCAUUGUGUGCAACCUGUAUCGUCCGUGGUAGAGGGCAUCGAUGCAGCACCAUAAUUGGGCGAGUGUCAUGAUAGCAUGCAUUGUGAGCAUCAUGGAUGCGGCCAGAUUGUUUGGGGUAUCCUUGCAAUCAAGUACGCCGAUAUGGGCUUGCCAAAGCCUUCAAGCGGCAUUGUUUGAUGCAUAUUGCUGCGUACUGCUUGUCAUCCAAUGGAAGUUAGGCACAUCGCCAUUUGGCAAAGCACAACGAACGAACUUUACCAAUGUACCUUCGUGGGUUGUCCACCUAUCAUAGUUAAAACAAAUCUUCCAAUGCCCAAAUGGUCACUUCUUUUAAUACACGCUUAGGCGCCCGGGCCCAUGGCGCAGAAACAAGCAAUUUCGGAGUUCGGGCUUCAUCAAAAAAUGUUCAACUAUUCUGG